UCUACGAACACCCCUAGCUUCUGGCGUCUGCCGCGAGGACAGCAGACCACACGUUGUCGUCAAGAUAAUUAAAGAAAGGAAAAAAAAUGCCAAUAUGCCCAUCAAAGUAAAAGAAACGAAGGUCAAACCUACAGCUAUGAAUGCUGAAACUCCAAAGAAAGCCAAGAAGGUGGUGGAGCAGGAACCCAAGGUAGAGGAAACCAAAGUUGAGGAAACUGCUACACCCAAAAAGACCCCGAAGAAGACCGGCAAGAAGACCCCAAAGAAGGUGGAAACCGAGGAACCCAAAGAGAAGAUGGAAGUAGAGGAACCCAAAGAGAAGAUGGAAGUAGAGGACACUCAGGAGAAAGGGGAAGGAGGCAAAAAGGCUAAGAGGAGGAAGAGGAAGAAGGCAGUGAAGGCAGUAGAAGCAGAGACGAAGGAAAUCGAGUCCCCUCCAAAACAGCAGAAAACAAAAAAGACCCAGAAGACCGGAAAGAAAUCCCCGAAGGAGGAAUCCGAGGAACCCAACGAGAAUGUCGAGGGAGGUGAAAAGACCAAGAAGAAAAGGAAGAGGAACAGGAAGAGGAAGAUUUCUGAGAAGGCAGAAGAUACAGAGGCUAAGGAAAAUGAGUCCCCCCAAAAGAAAAAGAAAAUUAAUCAUAAUGUACCAGAUGAGAAGGUGGAGCUUAAAGGGGAGCUGUUGGACAUGCAUACAAAGCGGAAGAGGAGUAUCUGCGAGCGGACAGUGGUCAUCAGAAUGAAGAAGUUCAAACAAGAAUACGUUAAGGAGAGGCCAGAUAUGUGUAAGGACGCACUCUUCUUUGGCAUAAAGUUCGGAAAAUUGUGCUUCCUGGUUUACAAAUCGAAGGAACAGGCUGAGAAGAAGGUGACUGAACUAAAGAAAAGUCCAGAAGUGAACCAUGCAUGGCUCUGGAAGCAGCAGGAGAUUUGCACAGUUGUGAAUCCAUACACAUUGUUUGUUGAGCAUCUACCAGUGGGGACUACAGAGGAGGAAAUAAAGAAAAUAUUCCCCACAGCCACAGCCAUGCACUAUGAUUCACACAAAAAUGUUGUCAACAUGGCCUUCUCAACCAAAGAGGAUGCUGAGACAGUCUUCAGAGAAUCUGAAAAUAUGAAAAUGAAAGGUGUGGAGAUCAUUGCGCUUUACGGCAAAUAUGGCUACAACUGGGAGAGGGAACGCAGGCAGAAAACAGCUAAGUAGUUGAAACUUUCAGCAAAGUAGUUGAAACUUUCAGCAGAGU